AUGGUCGAGCACAUUCACCAGGACAAGAAGAUGGGUUGGGAUGCCACUGAGGCCUUCAGCUGCCUGGGCUGCAUGCAGCGCUAUGCUGACUUCAAGGACCACGAGUUCAAACAUGCCGAGCAGUUGCUGCAACGCUUCGAUAGGCGCAAGGGCAGAGGGCACGCCAAGCAGUCCGAAAACCCAGCCAAGUAUCACAAGAAUUUGGCAGACAAAAUCCUUCGUUCUUGCAGCAGUUACUAUAGCUGCUUGAUCGACGCCAAUUGCGAGAGGGAUGAGAACGACCCCAGGAAACGCAAGCCCCGCUUUCGGGUGGAGCUUCCAGGCUUUCCCAUCCUUGGUGAUGGCAAGGGCGACAACCAGAACAGUGGGAUUAUCUAUACACGUGGCAGCAUCAUCCAGGCCAUUGAUUCCAAUCAGGGUGCCUACUUUGAGCAGAUGCUCUUGUUACCCUGUGCCCUGGGCGAGUUCCGCAGCACGGGCGGACUGGCCGCGCGCAUCGUGGGCUUCGCGGAGCAUAUCACCAGCGACAUCGGCUCGCUGGGCGACUUCGCGGCGGGUGCGGAGACGGCCUUCGGCACGGUGCUGCAGCGGAGCUACGCAACUUUGGGUGCCCGGAUGCACUACGGACACCCAGACAUGAUGAACAAAGAGUACAUGAUGCAACAGGGCGGCGUCUCGAAAGCCACGAAGAUGUUAAACCUCUCAGAGGACAUUUUUGCAGGAAAGGACUUCACCCUGAGGGGUGGACUGCGGGAGAUCUUGCAUCGGGAGUAUUUGCACGUGGGAAAGGGUCGUGACCUGGGCUUCAACUCAGUGCUCUUCUUCUUUGCCAAGUUGUUCCAGGGCACUGGUGAACAGUUGUUGACGCGACAGAUGAAACGUCUGGGAGAUGAACUGGACCUGCCGGAGUUUCUCACGCCCCUGUGGCUGCAGAGUAUCCCCCUCUUGGUUUUCACCUGGCUGUUGCUGGUGCUCGAUGACCCUGAGCAGAACUUCCCAGCCAUCGACGAGCAGCAAGGUGGUUGA